AUGUGGACUCUCGAGCUGGCUGUGGUGGUCCUCUCUCUGCUUCAUGUUCCUGGUGCAGACAGCAGCAGGAUUCUGGUGCUGCCAUUGGACGGCAGUCACUGGAUCAAUAUGAAAAUCAUCCUGGAAGGACUACACUCCAAAGGCCAUGACCUCACAGUUCUCAGAUCUCCCACGAGCUGGUACAUCCCUGAAAACUCCACCAUCUACACCUCCAUCAGCAUUCGUCUGCUGGAAAACGAGGAGGACGUGGACGUCUACAACAGGAUGCUUCUAGAAGUCAUUGAAUGUCGCAAGAAGUCACCGUUCAUUCGCUCUUUCUGCCAACAAUAUGAGAUCACCAAACUUAUGGGCAUCGGCCAUAAGGCUCUCGCUGAUUCAGCCGCCAUCCUUCUGGAGGAUCCUGUGUUCAUGAAGAAGAUGUUUGACGCUAACUUUGACCUCAUAACUCGGGACUUCGUAGCUCAUGGAGGAACUAACGGUGUGUAUGAAGCCAUCUACCACGGGGUUCCUGUUGUAGGGAUACCUUUACUUUUUGACCAGUUUGAUAACAUGAUUCGGUUAAAAAAGAGAGGAGCUGCUCGGAUUGUUGAGGCCAAAUCAAUCACCAAAGAGUCCUUCCUGGAAGCAGUGAAGGAUGUUAUUGAGAAUCCAGUUUAUAAAGAAAACGUCCAGCUUCUUUCCAGAUUGCACCGUGACACUCCGAUGUCGCCCAUGGACACGGCCUUGUUUUGGAUCGAGUAUGUCAUCAGGAAUAAGGGAGCCAAGCACCUCCAGUCGGCGGGUCACAGACUGCCGUGCCUUUCCUCCAAAAUUUGUGUUUGUGUUGUCCGCACAAAAGCCAAUCACUUUAUCCAUCAGAUCAAACGCAGACAGGCUACGUUCGACUUCAUUAAAAAGGAGGGUGGAUGUCUCACCUGGUCCCGGGUCAAACAAUCGGGCCCUGGACCUGUCAGCGCAGUCCAGGGCCCCAGAGGGUCUGCAGGGCGGAACGCUCGCUCUCAGGAAGUGGCCUUUAAAACCAAAGACGUGGACUUCCUGCGGAGGAAACUUCACACAAGGAACAAUCGAGACUCAGAGUUCCCAGAGAGAAGCUCCAGCCGCAGCAGCAGCAGCAGCAGCAGCAGCAGCAGCAGCAGCAGCAGCAGCAGCAGCAGCAGCAGCAGCAGCAGCUCUGAGACGUGUGGGAGAUGA